AAAAUCCGGAAAAAACGUUCAAAACUAAAUUUGAAACUGACAAACGAAGAAGAAUACCUAAAACCCUGAGGAGGGCGUUGUUCUUCCCUCCUCCACUCUCCUCUCCUUUCAACUCCUAUGGACUGACGAACAGCAAUCUAUGGUGAAAAUGAAGAUUAAGCUUCUUGCUAGAGGACGAUUACACUCUUACAGUUCUAUCGAGCACUCUAUUUCCGGCAUAAAAUCAGCGUUCAGUAGGAAAGAUGUUGACUAUUUUGUACCUAGCUCAAAUACAUGGUGGCGCGGAAGAUCCUACGCUGCCUCUGUUGCUUCAGAUAUACCCGGUCCUGAGAAGGCUCGUAAACGUGUCUCUAUAGAAGAUCGGCGGGCAAUUGUCGAAUCUUUUGUACACAAGUACAAGGCAUCAAACAAUGGGAAGUUCCCUCCGGUAUCACGUACUUGGAAACAAGUAGGUGGCUCUUUUUAUGUUGUUAGGAAAAUCCUUCAAGAGCUUCAGAAUGAAUCUACAAUGUCGUCAUUAAAAAACGGAAGAAAAAAGUCAUUUCAAGAAACGAAAAUAAAAGAGAAUCCUAAUGUUGGUGGCAAACGUUUCGAAGCAGCAUCUGAUUGGCAAAAUUCCUCUUGUGCUGAGAAGAUCUCGUCUGCUAAUGAUGAUGUAAGCUUGCAACUCGUUAGCCAUUCUGUCCUUCCAAUGAGAAGCAAUCUUUUGGAGGACUCCAAGGAAGUUACUUCUUCUCAUAAGAAACCAGAUAAUGAUGAUAAAGAGGUGGACAUUUCUGACCAUGGUUCUACUGAAAGCCAUGUACUAAAAAAUGAACGAGAUGUGGUUUCUGAAGUUCAUCUUGAAGGUCGUUCUUCAUCUGAAGAGCUGAAGCGUGAACGUCCAAACGGUAAAGAGCAACAUGUUCAGACUUCUCGUAAAUUAAACAGGGAGAACAUUAACAAUAGGACGGUGGAUGAGGCUCAGCUUACAACAAUUGAAUCAAAACCCUGGGGAGAACGUAUGAAGUCAAUUGUAGACGGUAUAAUCAACAUGUGGAGGAAACGUUAAAUCCUUCUUAGAAGUGUUAAUCAGAGCUUGUAAAUAUAGUCUACACACCUGUUAGGGAUAAUGUCACUUUUAAUAUAUGGACACUAAUCCCCUUUUUGGUUGGCUGUUUAUUCCCUUGAGUAAUCUUUUUUUAAUUUAUAGGUUUUUACUUUAUGAUUAUUUCUACAUUUGAAACAGAUUUUGCAGACUCUUAUUUGAAAUUUUCGUAGGCGGGAAUAUGGUUACGAAUUGUUGCUGGUACUUGUUAUGAGAUGUAAUAAAAUAAUAUCUUUGAUGAUUAA